UUGUACAUCUGCGACGACAACAGAGGAGCCAACGAGUACGACUACAAAAAGGCUCUGGAUCUGCUGGAGUACAUGGACGAGGAGGACGCCGCGGACAUCGACUCUCUGAAAUGUGAAAUCUUCGGGAAGGCCCUCAGAAGAGACGACUGGUCCUCAGCUGACGGGAACGACGACCCUCUGGAAGCCGCCAAGGACAGCAUCUUCGUCAAGAUCCUCCUCAAGCUCAUCCAGGAAGGUGUUCCUCUGCAGACGUACCUGCCGGACGUCAAAGAGCUGCUGGAGUCGGACGACCUGAGCAGUUUAAAAACAAAACCCUACUUUGAGUUCGUCCUUCGAGCUAAUUAUGAACAUUACCUACAGGUCCAGGUGUGACGACUGCUCCCCCGAUAACACUGACCUGCACCUCAACAUCUGUGCACGACUGUUUGAUUAUUGUUCCUUUUUCUAAAUAAAUGUUGAUCAUAUCUGAA